GGGGAGAUUAAUCUUGGGUGGGUUUGGGGUGAUGGGGUGAGGGAUUGGAUGGGAGUGCUUUGAUAGUGAUUGGAAGGAUGUUCCCGUUGAACUGGGGUGGGGGCUGCGAUGAAACUGAUGUUGGGUGUGUAGAGCAAGUUGGAACUUGGGUGGCUGAAGAAUGGUUGGGUAUGAUUUGGUUUGGUGGGUUGGUUUUGAUAUGAUUCUUUUGAUUGAUUACUUGGAAGUUGAUUUUCUUAGUUUGAUUUGAUCUGUUGGGCGAAGAACCAGAAGAAGGCUGACGAGUUAUAUGGACGGUUGGGUGGGUUUGGGGUGAUGAGGUGAUGGAUUCUAUGGAAGCUUUUACCCCUCAAUUUAACAACAAAAUUAACGUAAGACUAAUUUGAUACUAAAUUGAGAGUCGAAGGGCUAUUGAAAUUAGUUCGUGGACGGAAAUGGGACUAAAGCAAACGUUGGGGACCAUUAACAAUAACCCCUUAAGCAUAAAUAUAUGUUUCAACUUUCAACAUGUAGCGGUUUGAUAAAGAUUAAAGAGGCAUUGUGGGCUGCAUAAUACCGAUAAACCCUACCUAGCUAGCCCAUUCCAUGACUGUCGACCCAGCCCAUACCUCUCCAUGACUGUCUCCCUCUGAGUGACUCAACUGCUCCGAGUACCAGCGUCCUGACUCCUGUCCGACCCCAACUUCUCAAUCUUCUCCUUCUUCCCUUUUUUCUUUCUUUUUUCUUCUGCCUCGUCACAUUUACAGGAAAGCCAAGCCAAGACUUGAAAGGAAAAGUUAAACCCCUAAUCGUCAUGGAGAACGGUGAAAUUCCCGAAAACGCCAAUGAACAUUGCCCGGGUCCUCAAUCCGAUUCUGCUGGAAAAUCUGAUGCGUGCGAAGGAUGCCCGAAUCAACAAAUUUGUGCUACUGCUCCAAAAGGCCCUGACCCAGACGUGGUUGCAAUUGCAGAAAGGAUGGCCACUGUAAAGCAUAAGAUACUGGUUUUAUCAGGAAAAGGUGGAGUUGGCAAGAGCACAUUCUCCGCCCAACUUGCAUUUGCACUAGCAGCUAUGGACUUCCAGGUGGGUCUACUUGACAUUGACAUUUGUGGCCCGAGCAUCCCAAAGAUGCUUGGCCUAGAAGGCCAAGAAAUCCACCAGAGCAACCUUGGCUGGUCUCCUGUAUAUGUUGAGUCCAACCUUGGGGUCAUGUCAAUUGGAUUCAUGCUUCCAGAACCUGAUGACGCUGUUAUAUGGAGGGGGCCGCGCAAAAAUGCGCUCAUUAAGCAAUUCUUGAGGGAUGUUUAUUGGGGUGAGCUUGAUUUUCUAGUAGUUGAUGCUCCUCCUGGGACCUCAGAUGAGCACAUUUCAAUUGUUCAAUGCCUUGAUGCUGGUUCAAUAGACGGUGCAAUCAUAGUCACCACUCCACAACAGGUCUCCCUGAUUGAUGUUCGGAAAGAAGUAAGUUUCUGCAAGAAAGUUGGAGUUCAGGUCCUUGGGAUUGUUGAGAAUAUGAGUGGCUUGUGCCAGCCAGUGAUGGAUUUCAAAUUUUUGAGGAUGACAGAGGCCGGUGAGCAAAUAGACGUCACAGAAUGGGCAAGGGAGCAUCUGAAAGAGAGAGCGCCGGAAUUUCUAAGCAUAAUAGCUUGCACUGAAGUGUUUGAUAGUAGCCGUGGUGGAGCUGAAAAAAUGUGCAGGGAAAUGGGGGUACCUUUUCUGGGGAAGGUACCAUUGGACCCCCAGCUUUGCAAGGCAGCUGAAGAAGGUAGAUCUUGUUUUGUUGAUCAGAAGUGCGGGGUGAGUGCACCUGCACUGAAGAAAGUCAUAGAUAAAAUGAUGGAAAAUCAGGGAUUAUCUAGAAUGUUGGUAGACAACAAUGCAUAAGUGAUCGUCAUCAGAUCAAGAUUUUGUUCAUGUUUUACCUCAACACUUUAAUGGUUGUGUAGAUUAUUUGUUUUUUAGCAUAUGAAUUGUCUUUAUGUUAUAUGUAAUUUACAUGAAAAUUAUAUUUGUGUUCAUUUUAAUUUAUUUUGUGUAAUAACACAAUUUUCUUGACCA